GACCCUUAUCCUUCAUAAGAUCACUCGAUACUACCGCAAUUAUGACCAAGCAAUCUCUCAAAAAGCUCCCUGCGGUACAAGCUAUUCAAGCACUCCGAGUGGGAGCUGGGGCCGAAACGUUACCUAGUUCAGUGAGGGGGGUCGUGUUGAGCUAUGUGGCCAACUUGGAAGAACGGGGUGUGAAACAAUUCACAUCAACAACCCUUCCCCGACUGGCCUACUCGAACCCCACCGUCAAAUUCCACGUCGACCGGAAACCUAGCUCACGUACAAAAGCCAAGGAUCCGGAGAUUCAAGAGCGGGCCACCAAGGCUGCCGAGGAAGAGUCGAAGGGUUCCAAGGAGAAGGCUGAGAGGAGGACGCCGAGGAUGACGAUCGAAUUUGCGGAAGGGACGAGCAAGAUGAUCGAUCUUACGGGGAUGAAGUCGAGCAACAUCUUGCAGGCCAUUCAAGCGGCGCAAGCAUGAUCACGCUCCUGGGCUGGGCUUGUUGGUUUUUUGGAGAUGAAUGGUUGUAUUAUUAUGGCAUAUCACGAGCAUAUUUCCGGA